CAGCAGCUCCUCGUCCCGGAGAUCCGCGGCGCUCAGAAGGAAACAGGACGCAGCUGCAGCGCCGCAGUUCGCGGUCAAACCCACAACUGAGACAGUGUUUUUUUUUUUCUUUUCCUCUGACUCCUCCACACCGAGACCUGCUGCCUGUUGCACACUUGGUCCGUGUUGUUUCUGGAGUCAUGGCUGCCAUCAAGGCUUUGGAGCAGUGGUGUAAACUGCAGUGUGACGGUUACCGAGAUGUUUCCAUCACCAACAUGACGACCUCGUUCAGGAACGGACUGGCUUUUUGCGCGCUUAUACACAAAUACAGACCGGACCUGAUAGACUAUGACUCACUCCGACAAGAGGAUGUGUUCGAGAACAACAUGCUGGCUUUUCAGGUGGCAGAGGAAAAGUUGGGGAUCCCAGCGUUGCUAGAUGCAGAAGACAUGGUGGCUUUACGGAUCCCAGACAGGCUGAGCAUUCUUACCUACGUCUCCCAGUACUACAACUACUUCAAAGGACGGCCUCCCAUGGGAGGUGUGAAAAGGCCAGCAGAGGGCUCCAAGGAGGAGCCAUCAGAGAAGAAAAAUCUCCCAGUUGUCGCCAAAACCUUUGUGUCCAAAACCGCCAUUGAGAAUUGUUUACCUUCCAUUCGCACAGCGCAGACCUCACCCAAGCUGGCCAGAGCUGCUGCUCAGAAGGUGGUUUUGACAGAGAACACCAACAAAAACGGGACUCUCAAUAGCAAAUGCGUUGCAUGCAAGAGCCACGUUCAUCUGGUCCAGAGGCACUUUGUCGAAGGCAAACUCUAUCACAGAAGCUGUUUCAAAUGCAACGAGUGCUCCAGCGUGCUUCAUGCAGGAAGCUACAAACCUGGGAAGAAUCCAGACACCUUCAUCUGUAACGCCCACCAGAACAAUUUCAAGCCUUCAACCUCGGAGGCCGCGAUCAAAAACGGGCCAGCUGUACCCAACAGCGCCAGCCAGACCCAGCCUGCACCGCGCCCCUCGUUGCUGCUGUCGGCUUCACCGAGCAUCAUUCUGAAGCCAAUCUGCCCGCCUCCACCUUCCCAGUCCUGGACGGCCUCAGCACAGAGGACGCAGGCGGCCCGGCAGAAGUUUUUCCAGGCUGCCCCGCAAGUUCCAGAUGCCUCAACCGGUAACAGGAAGGAGCCUAUAAGUAUUUCAGGAAGGUCAAAGGUCGCAGCGAGUGUUGAUGAUGAGAAGAGCCGGGCCAGAGGGGUGAUUGGAAAGAAAUUGGCGGAGGAAAACUGCAACAAUAACAACAAGCGCCCAUUCACCAUCCGAUCAGCGGAGAGACGGUUUGGUGAUGAGCCAAGUUCAGCCGACAGCCCUGGUCUGAGAAAGGAUAAAUGCAGCCAAGGCCCAGCAGGAAACUGGGGAGGACAGGCCUCCACCAGCCAGACAAACAAUAAGGAAUCGCCAUGUCUAAAGGCCAUCAACAAAGACAACACAAGGCCAACAACUGUACACAAAACCGCCAAAGAUCCAGUCUACCGCGAGUGGCAAACAAAACUCAAACCUGUGAGAACUGAGCUUGGACUAAAAGAUGCUGAACCUGAAGCUUUCACUGAGCAGCAUACACCUGGAUUCAUGCCCUCGACUCCCUCUAGCGUUUCUGUCAGUACAACAAGGCCUUCCUUGGCUCCAACACCUGCAGGACCUUUAGUUAACUUAGCGGUGUUUAAUGCUGCAUGCUUUACAGAAGACCGUCCAGGGAAAGCUGCACGUGGUUCCGACAGAAGAGGUUUUAAACAUGGGAGUCGCUCGCCUGUUAAAUCCCCACCCAGACCGCCAGCUCUGGAAUCUAUUAGCUCUCCGACGACUGCUCCUGCCAAUUACGGAAAUCCAUCAGCUGCUAAAAAGGGAAAGUAUUUGUCACCCACCAACGCCUCCAGGACUGAAAUGAGGUCACCCUCUGUGAAGUCUUAUCAUAUUCCAGCGGAGCAGAUCGAAAGGGAGCUGAAUGAUAUUGAGACAAACUUGGCUCAGUUGGAGAAGGAGGGCGUGGAACUGGAAAAGAAGCUGCGCAGCUGCGAGGAAGAGGGUGAGGCGGACAUACUGAUGGACCCACUGAUGGUCGACUGGUUUAACCUCAUUCGAAAGAAGCAGAUGUACAUAAGGAAGGAAUCUGAACUCGUUUACAUAGCCAGGACUCAGGAGCUGGAGCAGCAGCAGCCAGGUGUGGAGGGGGAACUUCGCAGGCUGUUGGAGAAACCAGAUCAUUUAAAGUCCAGAGAGGAGCAACAGCGAGAGAAGAAGCUGAUGCAGAGGCUGAUGGAGAUUGUGGACGGCAGAAAUGCGAUCGUGGAGGGUCUGGAUGAGGAUAGGCGGAGGGAAGUUGAAGAGGACUUGGAGUUGAAUAAAAUGAUGCAGAAUCUUGGUGUGAAGGCACCACUCCUUGACCCGCUGAUAAAUGCUCUUAGCAGGCAGACCUGAUUUCUGGCAGAUGGUGUUUGUGAGUGACACUGGUUCCCAGCAGAAGCAGGCCCAGGGAAACGAUCACAGUCGAGUCUCUGUAGGGCGAACCAGCCUGGUUACCUGACGGCAUAUGCUCUGCUGUGGCCUACACCUGCUGAAGGAUGGCGUUUACACCACGGUCCCUGGACUCCACCUCCGACGAAGGUUGUUAAUCACAGCUCACCACUCAUUCGGGUGCUUUUAAAACAAGAAAAUAACUGAACGGCAGGGAGGGGGAGUUCCUUACUUGAACGCAGUGUUGUUUGUGAGUCAGAGAGGAGAUGAUGGCGUCUGUUGGUACGUUUAUUAGAGCAUUUAGGAGGCUCUGAAAGCUGUUAUUCUAAAAAGGAAUAAAGAAUACGCACGUUUGACAGUUUAGCAACUCAGUACUACAAUAUUCACUCAAUUCUGUAUGAAAUGUGAUUUUUUUUAACAAGUUUUGCUGCAUGAUAACACAGACAAAGCGACAAAAUUAAGUCAAAAAUAAGCAGCAGAUGGUAGGGUACAUUAGAAGUUCAUCUGAUGUUGGUACAAAACAGUAAAAUUUGUUGAUUUCUUGUAUACAAACUGCAAAAAUUACACAAUAGUGCAUAUUAUAAAGGUAUUUUCUUUGGAUUUAGGCCAACUAAAUGAUGGUGGGUUAGUUUUCAGUGAAUUCAAACUAAAUUUCUUUCCUACUCUUGCCUACUAAAAUUUAUAUUUCCAAUUAAUCAUGUAACUCCAAAGACCUUCCCAUUAGGUCCACCCGAAACAAAUCUUUUGAUGCACAUGUAUUGGAAAUUUCAUUUUCCGGCACUAAUUGGCCCAUAGCAUUCCAAUUAGGCACCUCUUAUAUGUUUACAUUAUUUUUGAAUAAUAAAUGCAUCCAAUUUAUCCAUGUAUAUAUUUAAAUGUAAAGCUACAGCCACUUUCUUUUUCAUUCUUUUUUUUUUUCUUUAUCCCCCCCUCUGGCUCUGAGACUGUUUAUUCCACACUGUGCUAUAUUCCAGCCACACCAGCAGGGACUGAAGGACAACAGUGUCCACAGCCACGGGGAUCAGUAACAGGUCCGCUGCUGAAAUAUGUGCAAAGUGUCAAUAGUCUGGAGCCCCUCUGUCCAACUGGAAGCCAUUGAGCUGCUAAAAUAGAACUGGUGAUUAGGACGCAGUCACCCCAGUCAGUGCCAAUUCAGAUGUCUUAGCAACCCUGGGCACGGCAGUUUGAUCUUCCUUGCUGUCAUUGAUUCACAAGGCUUCCAGCUGGAGCAAAGAUCCCCAUUGAAGCGUGAGAUAGAAACCUCUCCAUCUUGGCACAUCUUGGCUGGCUCAAUCCCCUGCAGGCCAUUAGGGAUAGAAUAUGUUGUUUUCUAUUUUUUUUUUCUCUCUCUCCCCUCCAGAAGAAAAAUACAGUCUGUCUUCAUGCUAUAACAGCCAUUACUUAAUUGUGCCGGAUUUUCCGAGCAGAGUGUUGCUUUAAUUAAGCAGCUAAUUGCAAUGUAGCUCUUGAUUAGCUUUGGGGGAUGGGAAUGUUCAGACAGCCUGAUAUGUUGUGCACACUUCAGAAUCAUUUACAGAAAUUGAAGCUAAUUUCGCUCUCUGUCUAUUGCUGCAUUAAUUUAAUUUGGGUUGCUUUUAGCUCAUUAACACUUCUAAUUAAUACGUUGACAUCACUAUUAAGAUGUCUCUUUGAAACUGGUGUCUCCUGAUAAUCAGGAUGGAGGAGAGGCUGACGGAUGGAGUGAGGAACUGACUGGGGAAAACGCAGAAAACUCUGUCAGACUGAAAGGGGAGGAAGACACCGUGCUCAUUUAUAAGCCCUUAAUACUGUAUCAUAGUGGACACUAAUAGGAGACUGUGGCAGGUGACUAAAUUGGAAAUGAAAGCAACGCUGAUUGUUUUAAAAUUUGAUUGGGGUUACUCUGCU